AUGGAUGAAGAAGAGCAGAGAAAAUGGAAGCAUACCUACAAAAAAAUGGAAGCAUUUUUAUCAACCCUCCCCAGAGAAAAAGGUUGGCUAAGUGAGCAUCUCUUCCAGUUCCAAGGAUUUUGGUACCACAAAAGAACCCUCCAAGGAACCAUAGUUGCCCAACAACACUUAAAGGCACGAUCUUCUGAUAUUUUCUUGGUCACAUAUCCGAAAUCCGGCACCACGUGGAUUAAGGCCAUUGCAUUUGCUAUAAUGAACCGAACCCAUUACAAUCACCAAACCCGUCCUUCGAUGUCCUCUGGCCCUCAUGAAAUUGUUUACGUGUAUCGUGACCCAAAAGACCUGCUUGUUUCUUUUUGGCACUUUGCAACGAAGGUGAGAGCCAAGGAUCUGCCACCCCUUUUUCAGGAAGAAAUGUUGGAACAAUUUGCUAGAGGAGUCUCACCGUACGGAUCCUACUGGGAUCAGGUGCUAGGAUAUUGGAAAGCAAGCUUAGAAUGGCCCCAUAGGGUGCUGUUCUUAAAAUAUGAUGAGAUGAAGAGUGAGCCCGCCGUUCAUGUAAAAAGAUUGGCAGAAUUCAUGGGGCAACCCCUCUCUUUGGAGGAAGAAAGAGAUGGUGCAGUGCAUGCGCUAGUAGAGUUGUGUAGCUUUGAGGGCUUGAGCAACUUGGAGGUGAAAAAGACAGGGAAGCGACAGGCUGGACAAUCCUUGGUGGUUCCAACAGUUUUGAAAAAAUAA